CCCGACUUUUUUUCAUCCUCCGAUUGUACCGCAGUUCAACAGUCUCUACCGAACCUACUUUCCACGAAAAGGAAACCAGAGUUAUCCUUAUAAUUAGCUUAAUACCAGGAUCACUCUCAACAUCAGUCGAAAUGUCCACCACGUCACAAUCUCACCCAGCAGAACCAGAGAGCGCGAAGCGCAAAGCCCCGACCGAGCAAACCUCCUCCACACCCACCUUGACAUUCACCACGCGCAAUCCCCUCUGGACCUACCUCAAACUCCAAUUAACGCAUCAGCCUCCCGUCUCCCAAUCAACCCUCACCCAACCACUCGACCCUCUCACAGCGCGCACCUACCUCUCCGCCGCACUCAACCAAUUCCUCGGGCUUUCUGGCACGGCCAUUUCGAUUGAUAUAUUGAAGAUCGAACCUUCCACUGGCACAAAUGCCAAGACAAUUUGGAUUCGAGUCCCCGCACCGGAUGCAUCAGCCGUCGUCGCAGCGUUGAGUUCGUGGGUCGGGGGUAGCAGUUUGUCGGGCGAUGCGAAUGGCGCUGGCAAUGUUGCCUGGCGGGUUUGUGCCAAGGGAAACUUCCUCCAGGCCCUGGUGAAUGGUUCCGGCGCAGAGAUGUUCGUUCCGUGAGUGCCUGGAAUUGGUAUAGCUUUCUUUUGAAUUGAUUGGGCCGUUCAUCUGAGGAGAGGUCUGAACCAUCGACUCGAUGCUGGACUGCGCAUGUUAUGCGUUACCUGCCCAGAUGCUGCGGAAGCGUGCUCGGCGACUGAGGCCGCGGUCAUUCCGUUUACUGGAGCUGCAUCCGUGUUCUACACCAACUACCCGGCCAUCUCUGGGGUUUGCCUGGGUCCCAUA